AUGGUACCCGGCCGUCGUGCGGACAAUGUAUAUAUCAUAACCACACCUGUUCUCAAACGAGUGAAUGCAUACGAAGCACUUCUUCGAGACUUAGAAUCCGAGGUGGACAUCCCCACAGCCCGGAGGAUCAAAAGAGAAUUGAAGGUUGACGAAGACCUCGAUCGAAACGAGGAUACUCGUGCUGCGGGCUUCUUUGGGAAGAGUUUAGAGGCCAAUUGGAUUCGCAAGCUGGAGAGCGGCGUGAAUAUGCAAAGUUCGCAGGAACAUGUACCGAAUUCUUUCUACACGGACAGUCACCGUGAUCCAGCAUCUAUUCAGCAGCAGCAGUCAUUGGAAAGGCAAAUCCCGACUUUUAUGAUAGAUUAUCAUCUCGACUGUCUGGAUAUUCCAUUGAUCGAACCAUGCGACCCAUUCUCUGUGCCCCCGCGGGAAUUGGCAGACCGAUAUCUUGACGCCUACCUCAUCAAUGUUCAUCCGACAUUUAGCACAAUUCGGAAGAUGACUUUUAUCUCUCAGUAUAAGCAGUUUUUCAACAAUGCAUCAACACCACCCCGGAAAUGGCUGGCCGUUCUGAACAUGAUCUUUGCUAUUGGUUGUCGCUACUGUCGACUACUAGAUGAUCCCCGAAGCACUGGCGAGGAAGACCUGAUAUACCUGACCCGGGCACGCCAUCUCGGUUUGCACAGCAAUGUGCUAUUCGAGCACACCGAUCUCCAGCAGAUCCAACUCGAGCUUCUCGUCGCAGUUUACCUACUUUGCCUGGGACAGGUGAACCGAGCAUCCAAAUUCUCCAACAUGGCCCUCCGUUCAGCCCUUUCCCUCGGCAUCAAUCUCCGCCUAACAGAUGACCGCACCAAAGAUGCCGUGAAAGAAGCCCGUGGCCGUCUCUGGUGGUCCAUCUACUCCCUCGAGCACCUCCUAACCUCAAUGACCGGCCGCGCCUCCUGUGUCAGUGAAGGCCUCUGCUCUGUCCCAGCACCCCUUCCCUACGAAGAAGAAACAUUUGACCACCCUGAAGCCAAGCACCUCUUCCAAGAUCCCACCCUCCGCGAAGCACAACUCCGCUCCACCCUCUUCGAAUCUGUCAGCCAACACCACUCCCCCUCAUGGGUGACAUCAUGUCCACCCUGCCCAUCUCUCUUCUUCAACUUCCUCGUCGAUCUAACCCUCAUAACUCACGCCCUCAUGAACAAGGUCUACAGCAUCGAAGGCCUCCGCAAAGGCCCCAGGCAAGUAGAAUACCACGUGCAAAAAUUCAGUCACCAAAUGGACCGCUGGCUCUCAAAACUUCCCAAUUUCUACCACUUCACCCUUUCACACCCCAGCACCACCCCCUGGCACCUAACACACCCACGAUUAGACGAUAUCUCCACCCCAUUCCUCCGCGAACGAGUCUGUCUAGCAAUGAACUACUACUCCUCCCGAAUCACCCUCUGCAGACCAUGCCUAACUGACAUCCAUCAAUCCACCCGCUACGCCACGCCAACAGGCGAAAUUACCGCACGUGGCAAACUCCGCUUGGAAAUGGCUACAAAUUGUCUGCAAGCUUCCUGCGCGCUUAUCUCUAUUCUCCCAGAACAUCCCAACAUGCCAUGGCUAGCCCACGCCGCGCCCUGGUGGAGUAUCCUGCAUUUCCUCAUGCAGGCAACUACUGCUCUACUUCUGGGGUUGUCGUACUGUUCUCGCGCGCACUAUGACAAUACGGACGCCGCAAGUCCACUCCUCAGUCCUGCGACGCCGUCCUCGCAGGCGAGGUUUUAUCCACUGUUGAUGGAGACGGAUUUAAGUACGGCUAUUGCGGCGACGAAGAAGGCGCUGUCUUGGCUACAUACUACUGCUGCUGUGAAUCCCGCUGCGCGUAGAGCCUUUUUGCUUUGUGAUGGGAUUGUUAAGAAGAUUGCGCCGGGGUUGGGGAUUGAUUUGAGCGAGUGGCCGGAUAAGGGUUGUUUUGAGGGAUCUGUGGAGGGGAGUGGGAGUGGAAUGGAGGCGUUUGAGGAGUUGAUUGAUUUUGAAGGCGGCGUCUUUUAA